GGGGCCAGGCCCCGGGGGCGGGUCCCGCGGCCCGCGGGCGCCGAGAGCUAGAUCUUGGGCUUCUUCCGAGCGGUCCGAGUGGCUUUCCCUUGGGUCCGCACCUGCGUCAGGAGCCAACCGCUCUGGUCUCUGUAGCAGCGGGUUCCCGAGAUGCGCCUGCAUCUGUUCCUGCUGCUCGCGCUGUGCCCGGCGAGCUGCACCGCCCGGACGCUCAUCUACAGUCUGCGGGGGAGCUGGAGGAUCCGCAACCAGAACGGCUCGCUACAGCUGCUCGGGACGGUCCCCGGCUGCGUGCACAGCGCCCUGUUCCAGGGGGGCCUGAUCCAGGAUCCUUACUACAGAUUUAAUGACCUGGAGUACCGAUGGAUCUCCUUGGAUAACUGGACCUAUAGCAAGGAAUUUAAAAUCCCCUUUGAUAGUAGCAAAAGGCAAAAGGUGAACUUGAUUUUUGAUGGAGUUGAUACGGUCACCAAAAUUAUUUUCAAUAAUGUCACUAUUGGGAAAACAGACAACAUGUUCAAUGAAUAUAAGUUUGAUAUUACCCGUGUGGUCAGAGAUGUGAACACCCUUGAACUGCGUUUCCAGUCUGCAGUAUUGUAUGCGGCACAGCGGAGCCAAGCUCACCCUGGCUACCAGGUGCCCCCUAUGUGCCCUCCAUCAGUGCAGAAUGGCGAAUGCCAUGUCAACUUUAUUCGAAAGGAGCAGUGUUCCUUCAGCUGGGACUGGGGGCCUUCCUUCCCUACCCAGGGCAUCUGGAGAGAUGUUAGAGUGGAAGCCUAUGACAUCUGUCACCUGCACUACUUGACGUUUUCCACACUCUAUGAUAACAGUGCCAAGGAGUGGAAUCUUGAAAUACAGUCUUCUUUUGAUGUUGUCAGCUCAAAGCCAGUUGGUGGUCAAGUGAUCGUAACCAUCCCUAAAUUGCAUACGCAGCAAACACGUGAUAUUUACCUUCAACCUGGGGAAAGGAUUGUCGAUCUACUUGUGAAAAUCAGCAAGAAUACUUCUGUAGAAACAUGGUGGCCUCAUGGACAUGGAAACCAGACUGGGUACAAUAUGACAAUUCGUUUUGAACUAGAAGGAGGUUUAACUAUAGAAAAAUCAGCUAGGGUUUACUUCAGGACAGUAGAACUUGUAGAAGAGCCCAUAGAAGGGUCUCCUGGCUUGAGUUUCUACUUCAAAAUUAAUGGACUUCCCAUGUUUCUGAAAGGCUCAAACUGGAUCCCAGUAGAUUCAUUCCAGGAUCGAGUAACUUCUGAUACGCUACGGCUUCUUUUGCAGUCUGUUGUGGAUGCGAACAUGAACACCCUGCGGGUGUGGGGAGGAGGAGUUUACGAGCAGGAUGAAUUCUAUGAGCUGUGUGAUGAGCUGGGAAUAAUGAUAUGGCAGGAUUUCAUGUUUGCCUGCGCCCUCUAUCCAACCGACCAGGGCUUCCUGGACUCUGUGAGAGCAGAAGUUGCCUACCAGGUCAGGAGACUGAAAUUUCAUCCCUCCAUCAUCAUCUGGAGUGGCAAUAAUGAAAAUGAAGCAGCGCUGAUGAUGAACUGGUAUUCAAUAAAACCCAGUGACCUGAAAACCUACAUGAAUGACUAUGUGACUCUGUAUGUGAAAAACAUGAGAGAAGUCAUCUUCUCAGGAGACAAGAGUCGUCCAUAUAUUAUAUCCAGUCCUACAAAUGGGGCCAAAACCAUCGCAGAAGGUUGGAUUUCUGACAACCCGUACAGCAAGCAUUUUGGUGACGUACAUUUUUAUGACUACAGCAGUGACUGCUGGGAUUGGAAAAUUUUCCCAAAAGCUCGAUUUGUAUCUGAAUAUGGAUAUCAGUCCUGGCCUUCCUUCAGCACCUUAGAAAAGGUCUCGUCUAAAGAGGACUGGUCUUACAGUAGCAAAUUUUCACAUCAUCGACAACAUCAUAUGAAUGGUAACUCCGAAAUGCUUCUUCAGGCCACAUAUCAUUUCAGCCUCCCUAAAAACACAGAUCCAGUACGGAAAUUUAAAGAUACCAUCUACCUUACUCAGGUGGUACAGGCCCAGUGUGUCAAAACAGAAACUGAAUUCUACCUCCGCAGCCGCAGUGAGAUAGUGAAUGGAGAAGGGCACACCAUGGGGGCACUUUAUUGGCAGCUGAAUGACAUCUGGCAGGCUCCAUCCUGGGCCUCUCUAGAGUACGGGGGCAAGUGGAAGAUGCUUCACUACUUCGCUCGGCGUUUCUUCGCUCCGCUGCUGGCCGUGGGCUUUGAGAGCCAGAGCGCGUUAAACAUCUAUGGCGUGUCGGAUCUCCACUCCAACUGCAAAGUCAGGCUCACCGUGCGAGUCCACUCCUGGAGCUCCCUGCAGCCUGUGUGCUCGCUUGUCACUAGCCAGCUUGUGAUCAAAGCCGGGAAGGCCGUCCCCCUCUAUAAGGAGCCCGUGUCGAAACUGACGAACCGAUGUGGGAAUUGUACGCGGAAAAGCUGCGUGGUUUCCUUUUUCCUUUCAACCGAUUCGGAGCUCUUCAGCCCAACAAACUAUCACUUCCUGUCCUCCCUGAAUGAGGCCGUGGGGCUCCUGGAGGCGCACAUCACUGCCAACAUCUCUCAGAAGGGUGACAUGUUCAUUUUUGAUCUGAAAACCUCCGCUGUUGCUCCCUUUGUGUGGUUGGAUGUGGGAAGCAUCCCAGGGAGAUUUAGUGACAAUGGCUUCCUCAUGACUGAGAAGACAAGAACUGUCUUAUUUCACCCUUGGAAACCCACCAGCAAGAGUGAAUUGGAGCAAUCUUUUCAUGUGACCUCCUUACGAGAUAUUUAUUGAGUGAAUCCAGGUUGUAUUUUCAGUGGACACUGGGAAUAAAGUCCUUCUGAAGCCAGCUGGAGAGGAAGGCAGCCGGAGACAAGUAGAAGAAGCCACGAGACGCAUCUGCCUGCUGCCACACAUCUGACCCAUCACUGUUUCAGGAGUCUGUGCCAUGAAUUCUUUCAGGGAAGGCUGUUUGCCCAGGUGAUGUCCUCAAACAAGUCUGCACCAAGGUGUUCUAGACUCUGUGUCAGCACUGGGUGUUUGGCCCUUCACCUCACGACGUUAGUGUUACAUGAACCAGUUAUAAUCAGAUGAUUCCCAAAAUCUGACUGUGGCAGUGUCUGUGGAACCUAACGGGGGAAGGUUUCAAGGUCGCUCAGGCCUUUCCUAGUUAGCUUUGAGAUAUGCUGAAUAAUUGAAAUGAAGUGCCUUGUUCGUUCCAGAGGAAUGGAGGUCCAAAUGUCCAUGGAGCUGUCUUGGUGGUAUCUCAUUGAUUGUCAUUGCCAGGCAGUUUAGGAGUUGAUUGUUAUCAUUUGGUAACUUUCUUGGAUGAGAUUCUUUUUUUCAUUUGUGGAUUUGGUUAUAAAAUAUUGUUUUAAAAAUAACUUUUUUAAAAGGCUGUUAGAUCAUUUUUCUUUGAAAAAUAAGCUCACAUUGAAGUGAAUGUUGCUACAGUUCAGGAGAGAAAGGAAAUCCCCCUUCUCCCCUCUGAAGUUUUGCUGCACUGAAUGGUAGACAGAUUAACCAAAGAAAAACCCGCACUCAAAUGGACCAUAGUUCAAUAAAACAUAUAUGGUUAUAUAAAACAAAGGGUCAAUGGUUGAAGCUCAAAUACAUUCUUCAAAGGGGAAAGAGGGGUGUGGGGGUGCUGUUGGCAAGGUUAGACGUGUAGUAAAUGAUGUUACAACAAAUGGAUGAUCCCACAAUGCAGACCGUGGUCUGAGCUCCGGGGGAGGUGGAGAUGAGGUACAGGAAGGUGAUGGUGGAACUUCCUGGGAACCAAAGAUGUCUUGUUCUUUGUGUUUGUCGGAGCUGCCCUCUGGAGAUGAGAGGAAGCGUCUGUUUGUGCCUGGUGAUGACUUUCAGUCUCGUCUCUUCUCUGCUCGUUAAUCUUGCCUGGUUAAUUGAUGAGAUUCCUAGGGAAACUUAAGACAGUUGCAUUUUUCUUUGGAAGAAGUUUCCUCUGUCCUGGAGGGAAGUGCAGAGACAGCAUCUCCCCGAGCUCGGAGGGAAGAGCAAGGGCAGGUACGAGAGACUUUGGUUCUAAGGCAGCUUCUGAGGCCUUCCAAUUCGCUUUGACUCAGAGUGCUCAGCAUUUCAAAGCAUCACACUUCGGAAUAUCCUAUUUUGAGCCCCAACAGUGGAUAUUUUGGAAGUUUUUGGAUGUCCUGGCAGGGGUCAUCACCCCUGAUUGGGUCUGGACUUCAGAUUUGGGUAAAUUACAUCAGCUUUCCAGUACGAAGGCUGGAAACUGGAUGCAGAUUUACUCUCAUAGCAGCAAAAUGAUUCCUUUAGAUUGAAUUGAAAUCUAUUUAUACUGAUUAUAAAGUGCUAUAAAAUUAUUAUACACUAUCACAUAAAAUUAAUGUGAUAGUAUAAGGAAUAGGGCAACAGGUUAAUCAGUAGUUAAUAAGGGUAAAGGUAUGUGGACAAUCUUUUGCAGGUUUUCUGUAAACUUGAGAUUAUAUCAAAAUAAAAUUACAUAAAUUGCAUUGACA